AAAUUUUCAAAAUCUCCCUCUCUCUCCUCCGCAACGUCUCUCUCUCUCUCUCUGGGCCAUGAGGUCGCUCUUCUCCAAGUACGGCCGCGGCCACCACCCGGCGACGCCGCCGCCGGCGUCGUGCAGCGGUGGAGGCGGCGGAGGAGGAGGAGGGGAGACACCCCCGUCGCGCCGCCGCAUCCCCAAGGAGAACGUCGACCCGCACAACCACAGCCACGGCCACGCGGCGGGGGACCACGCGCACUCCCCGUACCGCUCCCCGACCUCCACCAAGCCGCUCGGGAGCCGCAACCGGGGCCUCCUCCCGCCGCGGCCACCGCCGGCCAACCCGCUCAAGCGGAAGCUCGACGUCUCCCCCGCCGCCGCGGCGGGCCACGCUCCCGACUCCGCCGCCGGUGCCGUUGCUGCCGGAGGAGGAGGAGGAGGGAACGCGCCCGACUCCGGCGUACAGGUGGUGGUGAGGAUACGGCCGGCGUGCCGGGUGGAGGAGGAGGGGGCCGGGGAGGACGCGCGGGCGCCGGAGUUCUGCGUGCGCAAGACGGCGACCAACUCGGUCGCGAUCCAGGGGCAGGACUUCACGUUCGACGCAGUCGCCGAUGCGGCCUCCACGCAGGAGGAUGUCUUCAAGCUUGUGGGGCUUCCACUCGUUGAAAAUUGCCUAUCGGGGUUCAACAGCUCAAUAUUUGCCUAUGGCCAGACUGGCAGUGGGAAAACCUACACAAUGUGGGGCCCUCUGUCAGCAUUGUCAGAAGACUCAACAUGCAGUGAGAGGGGACUGACGCCUCGUGUUUUUGAGCAGUUGUUCUCUCGGAUCAAAGAGGAACAAGGAAAGCAUGCAGACAAAGAGCUAACUUACCAUUGUGUUUGUUCCUUUCUCGAGAUCUACAAUGAGCAGAUUACUGAUUUGCUAGACCCAUCACCUAAAAGCCUUCAGAUUAGAGAGGAUGUUAGAACUGCUUGUGUCUAUGUUGAAUCAUUGACAAAGGAGUUAGUUUUCACUACAAAAGAUGUAACUCAACUGUUGGUGAAGGGCCUGUCAAAUCGGAGGACUGGGGCAACAAGCGUGAAUGCUGAUAGCUCACGUUCGCACUGUGUUUUUACAUGUGUCAUCAAGUCUGAAUCAAAGAAUCUGGAGGAUGGCUCAAACUGCACAAGAACAAGCCGGAUAAACUUAGUAGAUCUAGCUGGAUCAGAGCGACAAAAGUUAACCAAUGCAUUUGGUGAUCGUCUAAAAGAAGCAGGAAAUAUAAACCGCUCACUUUCACAACUUGGAAAUUUGAUUAAUAUACUGGCAGAAAUAUCUCAGUCUGGAAAGCAAAGGCAUGUUCCAUAUCGUGAUUCAAAGCUGACAUUUCUAUUACAAGAAUCACUGGGUGGUAAUGCCAAACUUGCAAUGAUCUGUGCUGUUUCGCCUUCACAAAGCUGCAAGAGUGAAACGUUAAGCACUCUUAGAUUUGCGCAACGUGCAAAAUCUAUAAAAAACAAUGCUAUUGUCAAUGAACAAAAGGAGGAAGAUGUCAACAUGCUGCGUGAGCAGAUCAGGCAGUUAAAGGAUGAACUUCAUCGGAUGAAAUCUGGAGGCUCAGAUGGAAGCAGUGGCAGCUUUUCCACUGGAUGGAAUGCUAGGCGUAGUCUGCAUUUACUCAAAAUGAGUUUGAGUCGUCCUACAACUUUCCAAACUAUCCCUGAAGAUAGUAGUGAUGUGGAAAUGGAAAUCGAUGAGAAUGAUGUUGAGAAGCCUUAUAAUCAAGAAAAUAUCGUAAUAUCUCCUCUUGGAAAAAAGGAAUUACAGGCUUCAGUGAAAAUAAAUGGCGGCGCUUCACUUGCUGACACUUUCGAAGGGGAUGAUCCCAUGCCCAACAAGAGGUCAUGCUCUGAUGACAGAUUGAAGUUAAAUCUUGCUGCCAGCAUACAGAGAGGGCUUCAAGUCAUAGAAAACCAUCAAAACAAUGGAGCUUGGAGGAGAGCAUCUAUUGGGUUCAAUGCUAGAAUUGUAGAUAUUCAGCCUUGCAAGGUUGAUGUAGCGAUUCAAACUGAACCAGAAGAAUCUGACGCAAGAGAUAACCCUCUGGCUCUAAUUCCUUCUCGUCUUCUUGAGACUUCUGCAACUGUGAGCAAUGGUCCCAAUGCAUGCAGGGAUCUGCAAUUAGUUCCAGAUGAUACAGGAAUGACAUGUGAUGAACCGAAACAGCAGCAAAUUCUGAAAGCUGUGGAGAAGGUCUUGGCUGGAGCCAUCAGGCGCGAGAUGGCACGUGAUGAACAGUGUGCAAAGCAAGCCGCUGAAAUUCAGCAGCUAAAUCGUUUGGUACAACAAUAUAAACAUGAACGCGAGUGCAACGCAGUUCUCGCCCAAACACGAGAAGGUAAAAUUGCUAGGCUUGAAAGUCUGAUGGAUGGAACUUUACCAACAGAAGAAUUUAUCAAUGAGGAGUAUCUAUCUCUUAUGAAUGAGCACAAGUUACUCCAACAGAAAUACGACAACCAUCCUGAACUUUUGCGUGCUGAAAUUGAGUUGAAGAGACUUCAGGAGGAAUUGGAGAUGUGCCAGAAUUACAUAGACGAGAAAGAAGUUCUACAAGAGGAGAUACACGACCUAAAGAGUCAUUUGCAUUUUAUGCUUUCAUCAUCAGCAUCGAUUCGUAGGCUUUGGCCUCCAGUGCAAUUGUCUCAGGGCAUUGCUACUUCACCUGUAACAAAUGAUGCUGACGGUGAUACUAAUGUUGUGGACACACCAAACUGGGCUGAAGCUGAGAGUAAAUGGGUAACUCUCACAGAUGAACUUAGAGUUGAACUUGAAGCAAAGAAAUCUCUUGUAGGAAGGUUGCAGUCAGAAUUGGAGUCCGAAAAGAAGUGCUCGGAGGAAGUAAAGGAGGCAUUACAAACAGCAAUGCAGGGGCACGCUAGAAUCUUGGAACAGUACGCUGAACUUGAAGAGAGGCAUAUUGGUUUGCUUGCAAUGCAUAGGAGAAUCCGUGAAGGUGUUGAAGACGUGAAGGCGAGAGCUGCAAAAGCUGGUGUCAAGGGAGCUGAGUUGCGGUUCAUCAAUUCCCUUGGUGCUGAAAUUGCAGUGCUGAGAGCAGAAAAGAAAGGCCUCCAGGACCAGCUAGGGGAUACCGCUGAAGCCGUUCAAGCAGCUGGUGAAUUACUUGUACGAUUGAAAGAGGCUGAGGAAGCAGAAGCACUUGCCCAGAAGCGAGCGUUGUUGGCGGAGCAGGAGACGGAGAAAGCUUACCAGGAGAUUGAUAACUUGAAAAAGAACUACGACCAAGAAAUCGUCGCCCUAAAUCACCGCCUCGCAGAAUCCUCUCAUCAUGAAGAAACUGCCCUGACCAUGGAACCUUGCGAUAUGGAGACAGCCAAGUAUGACACCGCUGGGAGCCCAGGUGAGCAGCAAUGGCGAGAGUUCAACUAUGAGGGCAGUGGUGGGUCGUUUGAGGUCUCCAAGAGCACCGAUCUCAACUCGUGGUUUUCCGGGUAUGACAAAUGUAACAUCUGAUGAUGUUGACGACGGUGCGCCAUUUUGUUGAGCCAUUCUUUGUACCUUUUGUAUUGUUAGCAUCCAUGUUGUACAACAGCUGAUGAGCGUGAGGGAGAGGACGAAGAGUUUCUCCUGAAGAGUUCCUCUUCACUGUCUUGUGAAGGAGGCGAAUGCAGUGAGAUUCUUCGGAUUCUCGAGAGAAGAGGUUGUAUUCUGUCUUGUAAAUUGGGAUGGACACUUUUACAGAUGACAAGAGCAACAGUCAAUGUUCCUGU